ACACAGUAUAAAAAGCUUUGCACAAAAAUGGCUUCGCCUGCGAUACCAUUCGUCCCCCUCACGUCCCGUCGCGCCGCCCCCUUCGUCCUGGGGCGCCCUCCUCCUCCAUGGCCACCGCGCCCCGACGCCGCUGCUAGGUUGCUGGUAGAGGAGGAGUCCGGGGCAGCAGGCAGCGCGCGAGCUCGAUCGCGUGCCGGGGCCGAGCUGGAGCCGAUGGUGCUGGAUCUCAAUGCCGCCGACUCGCCGACGCCCGGGUCGGCCUCGGCCACCUCGAGCUCCAGCGGCGCCGGGGGCUUCUUCCGGUUCGACCUGCUCGGCGGGAGCCCCGACGAGGAGGGCUGCUGCUCGCUCUCGCCGCCCGUCGUCACGCGCCAGCUCUUCCCCUCGCCGCACCCGGACGCCGCCUCCGCCGCCGCCGCCUCGCCGCCGCCGGACGGGCCGCCGCCCCCGGAGGCGUCGGGGCCCUGGGCGCGCCGCGCGGCGGAUUUCGCGCCUUCGUCGCCCGCGGCCGGGAAGAAGAGCCGCCGGGGGCCCAGGUCCCGGAGCUCGCAGUACAGGGGCGUCACCUUCUACAGGAGGACCGGCCGCUGGGAGUCGCACAUCUGGGACUGCGGGAAGCAGGUCUACCUGGGUGGAUUCGACACCGCGCACGCCGCAGCAAGGGCCUAUGACCGGGCUGCGAUCAAGUUCAGGGGCCUCGACGCAGACAUCAACUUCCAUCUGAAGGACUAUGAGGCUGACUUGAAGCAGAUGAAGAAUUGGACCAAGGAGGAGUUUGUUCACAUACUCCGGCGUCAAAGCACUGGGUUUGCGAGGGGGAGCUCAAAGUACCGGGGUGUGACUCAACACAAGUGUGGUCGAUGGGAAGCUCGGAUGGGUCAGCUUCUUGGGAAGAAGUACAUCUACCUCGGGUUGUUUGACAGUGAAAUCGAAGCAGCAAGAGCAUAUGACAGGGCGGCCAUUCGUUUCAAUGGUCCCGACGCUGUUACUAAUUUUGAUUCUAGUUCCUAUGAUGGAGAUGUUCCACUUCCACCUGAAAUCGAGAAAGAUGUGGUUGAUGGGGACAUCCUUGAUUUAAAUUUGAGGAUUUCACAACCUAAUGUGCACUUUCCGAAAAGUGAUUGUAUCCUGACUGGGUUUGGAGUAAACUGUAAUUCUCCUGAAGCUUCAAGUUCAAUUGUUUCUCAGCCAAUAAGCCCUCAGUGGCUUGCACAUCCCCACAGCACAUUGGUUCCACCCCAGCAGCCACAUCUGUAUGCAUCUCCUUCUCCAGGCUUCUUUGUGAACCUCAGGGAGGCACCAGCAGCCACGGAGAAGCGCCCGGAGCCGGGGCCGGGCCCCCAGGCGUCGUUCCCUCCUUGGGCGUGGCAAAUGCAGGGCUCCCCUGCGCCGUUGCUCCCCGCCGCUACUGCAGCAUCAUCAGGAUUCUCUACCGCCGCCGGUGCGCCGGCGCCGUCCGGCCCCCGCCCGUUCGCCGGCCGCCGCGGCCACCACCACCAGCUCCGCUUCCCCCCGACCGCCUGACGGGCGAGCUCCUCCUCCUGCCCUGCCCUGCCCCGCCCCUGUCCAUCCCGAGACGGGCGCCUGGCCUGACCGGUGCCCGUCCGUCGCUGGUCGGGCCUGGUCGGUGACAGGGGGGCCGGCCAUUGGUUGGGGGACCAGGGAACGGACUGAGGCAGAGUCCUUCCUCUGUCUCCCCAGCUCAUGGCUCCCUCAAGUCCGGAUCUUCGUUUUGGGAAGCGGAUUCAUGGACCGUGGCCCCGUUUGAUUUGGAUUAGGAAAGUUUGGAGUAGAAAAUUUAUCAACUUUGACCACUAAUUACGUUGUAAAAUAAAGUCGGUUUACAAAAUUAACUCCAGAACUCUUGCGUUAGGAAGGUCUUUGACUGUGUGAUUAGAUGAUGAUACUGUAGCAUUAUUUUAGCCAAUCAUCGAUUAAUUA